AGAAUGCCGCCACAUUUUUGAUUGAUUUUUAAUUGUUGAAUACCAUUUGAUGCAAUGUCGUUUCCAGAUUUUUAAUAAGUACUCAUAGUCGCGAAAUUCGGCUGAGAACGUGAGAAAAAAAAAUGAAAAAGUUCAUUUAUAUCUUGGUUGAUGGUGGAUUCUGGGAAAUCCCGAAUCAAUGAAAUACCCCUUGUCUGUUUGUCAUUUUCUUUACUCCGCCAUUUGCAAUCUUGUGUCAAAAUUGUGUCCGCGUGUGGAAAAAUUUAGAUGUAAAAUUUUCCAUAAUUUGUAUUCUCAGCUUCUUUUUUUAGCGAUAAUAGUUAAUUUUAUAAAACAUUGUUCUGAAUACCGAUUUCUAUUAUUGACUUUCAUUAUGUCGCAAGAGAAUACCGAGAUCAGUGCAAAGUUCUCCACACUCAAUGUAAACGCAAUGGAAUUUGUGCCGAGCUUCUGUCAGCAAGAGAGAACCUCAGCAGUCACCACAGAAAAUAAUGAAGAAAACAGAUCCGAGAUCACUACGCCCGUCGCCGACAACGAUCCUCUAGACAGUUGGGAUGUGGAAGACGAGCCAGUAUUACCACUUGAGGAUGAAGAAGCAGAGGAUGGUGAAGAUGCCGAUGGUGAAAGUGAUGUUGCCCCAAAGCAGUCAAAGAAAAAACCCCAAAAGAUUGAAGAGAAUAAGAGCAAGAAGGAGCAUGUCAAUGUUGUUUUCAUUGGACAUGUUGAUGCUGGGAAAUCUACUAUUGGCGGCCAGAUAAUGUCUCUUACUGGAAUGGUCGAUAAAAGAACUCUGGAAAAGUACGAGCGUGAAGCUCGUGAGAAGUCACGAGAGAGUUGGUAUCUCUCGUGGGCAUUGGACACGAAUCAGGAAGAGCGAGAUAAGGGAAAGACGGUUGAAGUGGGACGUGCCUAUUUUGAGACCGAUAAAAAACAUUUCACGAUCCUUGAUGCGCCUGGUCACAAGAGCUUUGUGCCUAACAUGAUUGGUGGGGCUGCACAGGCAGAUGUUGCAGUCCUUGUGAUAUCUGCCAGAAAAGGAGAAUUUGAAACGGGUUUUGAUCGCGGUGGACAAACUCGGGAGCAUGCGAUGCUCGCCAAAACUGCCGGUGUUAAACAUCUCAUUGUCCUUGUCAACAAGAUGGAUGAUCCAACAGUAAAUUGGAAUGAGAACAGAUACAACGAAUGUCGAGACAAAAUUCUACCGUAUCUUAAGAAACUUGGAUUUAACCCAACCAAGGAUCUAACUUUCAUGCCAUGUUCUGGGCUAACGGGUCAAGGUAUUAGGGAACCAAUUGAUCCAAGUCUAUGCCCAUGGUACACUGGUCACGCAUUUAUUCCAUUCAUCGAUGAUUUGCCCUCACUUGGCAGAAAAACCGACGGUCCAUUUAUAAUGCCUAUUGUAGAUAAAUAUAAAGAUAUGGGAACGGUGGUGAUGGGGAAAGUGGAGUCUGGUUGUGCAAAGAAGGGGCAAAAUUUACUUGUAAUGCCCAAUCGAACUCAGGUUUCGGUUGAUCAGUUGUGGUCAGAUGAUGAUGAAGUCACGGCGGUAGGCCCUGGAGAAAAUGUUAAGAUCAAAUUAAAAGGAAUCGAAGAAGAGGACGUCUCACCUGGUUUUGUACUCUGCGAUGCAUCCAAUCCAAUAAAAAUCGGAAAAAUUUUUGAUGCUCAGGUGGUGAUUCUAGAACACAAAUCCAUCAUUUGUGCGGGAUAUUCAGCAGUUAUGCACAUUCAUUGCGCAGCUGAAGAAAUAACAGUGAAAGCUCUAAUCUGUUUAGUUGAUAAGAAAACAGGGGAAAAAUCACGAUCAAGACCACGAUUUGUGAAACAGGAUCAAGUGGCAAUUAUGAGAAUUGAAUGUUCCGGAUUAAUUUGUCUCGAGCAAUUCAAAUUGUUCCCGCAAAUGGGAAGAUUCACGCUCAGAGAUGAGAAUAAAACCAUUGCAAUUGGAAAAGUGCUUAAGGUGAUCGAGUAAAAUUUCUAUUGGUCGUCUUCAAUAAUGAUAUGUAGGAGUUAAACGGAACAGAAAAUGAUUAAAGAGUGAAGAUAUUUAAAUUCAUCUAUAUCUCAAAAGGUGAGUAAUAUGAUAAAAGAAAGCAAACUUACUUCAUGAAAGAUGUAAAAAGAAGAAAUAUCGCAGAGAAGAAUUAUGUGUAAAAAUUGUUAUAGGUACUAAUAUAAUUUUUAUUUCAAAAUGUAAUGAAUGAUAUAAAUCAUUUAUUUAUAUAUGUAUAUAUAUAUAUAUCGCCAGUUGAAAAAUAUAAUGUAUUUUACUUUUUUAUUGGCUGGAAAGUUUUUUAUUCCCUUAAUCUUAUAAGGGACCACAUGGAAGAAGUUAGGGUUCCUUACAUUUCACUAUAUACAUACAUGCGAAAAAAUUACCUAUUUAUUCUCAAGCCUUAAUAAACUCUAUAAGAAAAUUAAACAAAGAGAUUUCAGAAAAGUAUAUUUCCCAACCGGCCAUAUAUAUAUAUAUAUACAUAUAUAAUUUUUUGGAAAGAUGAGAUAAAUAUAUUGAAAUCCUAACUAUUGCUAUUCCUUUCUCAGCAGAAUGAUUAGAAUUAUUAUAGUUUUUUUUACAUGUCCAUGAAAACGGAAUGACAAGAAAUGAAAUAAAUGAUUUCAGAGUU